CGAGGGGCCCCGGGAGGGCCGGGCGGAGGGGAGGGGGGCCCGGCGGGGGGGCCGGGGCGGGCUCGGCGCCGCCCCCACCAGCAGCGGGCGGGCCCGGCGCGGGCGGCGGCGUGAAGCGGCGAGGAGAGCAGCGGAGCGGGCGGAGAGGAGGCGGUGGGCAGAGCUGGGCCAGCACCGAGCCGUGCCGGAUGGGUGACACAGCAGGCCCAGGGCCCGGGGACACCUGGGGUGGCUGAGCCGGCCCAUGGCGGCAGGCGCGGGUGCCUUUGCAUGGGCUGCCUUCCCUGCCAUGCCCACGCGGCGUGUGUACUGCAGCGCUGUGCACCGCGACGGGCAGCUCUUCGUGCUGGGCGGCUGUGGGGGCGGUGGGCGAGCCCUGGGUGCCGCCGAGGUGCUCGACAUCACAGCCCAGCGCUGGACCACGCUCCCACCGCUGCCCACGCCACGGGCCGGCGCCGCUGCUCUCUCCCUGGGCAAGCAGAUCCUGGUGGUGGGUGGCGUGGACGCGACGCAGAGCCCCCUUGCCUCCGUUGAGGUCUACCAUGUGGAUGAGGGCAAGUGGGAGAAGAAGGCGGCGCUGGCUCAGCCCUCCAUGGGCAUCUCAGCUGUGCAGAGAGAUGGGGCCGUCUAUGCGCUGGGGGGAAUGGGUGCAGACACCUCUCCCCAGGCCCUGGUCCGUGUUUACGAGCCAGCGAAGGACCACUGGCAGCCACUGCCCUCCAUGCCCACCCCCUGCUACGGGGCCUCUGUCUUCCUGCAAGGCAACAAGAUCUUUGUCUUGGGGGGCCGGCAGGGCAAGCUGCCCGUUACCGCCUUUGAGGCCUUCGAUCUGGAGACAAGGAGCUGGACGCGCUACCCCAGCAUGCCCAGCCGCCGCGCCUUCGCCGCCUGCGCCAUGGCUGACGGCAUCGUCUUCAGCCUGGGGGGGCUGCAGCAGCCAGGGCCCCACAACUUCUAUUCCCGUCCCCACUUUGUCAACACCGUGGAGAUGUUUGAUCCUGCACAGGGUGCAUGGAGCAAGUCGAGCCGUGCCAUCCGCAUGAGGGAGAAGAGAGCUGACUUUGUGGCUGGUUGUCUGGGAGGAAGAGUGGUGGCCGUGGGUGGCCUCGGUAAUGCCAGGGGGAACCAGUCCUGCCCGCUGGGCUCGGCGGAAGGGUUCAGCCUCUCGCGAAAGAAGUGGGAGCCGCUGCCCCCCAUGCCCACCGGCCGCUGCUCCUGCUCCAGCUGCCUGGCGCCCAGCCUGCUCUUCGUCAUCGGUGGGGUGGCCCAGGGCCCCAGCGGUGCCGUUGAGGCUCUGUGCGUGCGUGAGGUGCCCUGAGCGGGGCCCCGGGGACCAGCCCCAGCUGAGCACCAAGUGCCUGAAGAUGGGGACAGGGUGUGCACAAACCCGUGCGUGGGUGACCCAGCUCCUGGGAGCUGCCGUCCCAUAACGCUGGGUGCUGGAGCAGCCGUGGCUUCUCGCCGUGCUUCAGAAACCCCUCUCAGCUCCUGCACCACUGUGACAAUGGAGCCCCCGGCAAAAUCCUGCCUGUCAGGAGGGCCGCGGCUGGUGGCACAGAGGGACCAGCAGCAACGGGACUGUCACUGGCUGCGCUGCCCCAUCCAGCCCGGUCUGUGCCACGGCGUGUCCGUGCCGUGUGUGUAGCAGUGAGUGCUGUGUCGUCGUAGACCCAGUCGAUGUCUCAUGUAGCACAGAGGUGCCCUGUAGCUCAGUGCCUAGGAGGUGACGUAGCACCUCGAAUAAAUGAAACACGUGGAAUUUUA